UUUGGCUCAAAUUUAAGGCGGGAGCGCUGGUGCGGGCUGCCGGCUCGGAGAGCGGGCGGCCCGGGACCUCCGUCCGGCUUCGCUGGGCCCUCACCUGGGGUGCGGAACCCUUCCAGACCCUUUGACACCAUUCUGCCCCAGGAGCUACUCGGAGGUGAUCCCAUCCAGGUGAACAACAUGGCCUUCCUCUCUGAGAAUGAAGGGACCACUAGGACCUUGCUUCAUCAUGUGCUGGAGACACAGCCUUUAAGCUCCCCAGUCUCAUCUAAUACUAGGCAAAGCAAGAGAAGUCUUUCCACAUCCAUGGGCCAUCCACGCCGAAACCUACGUGACCCUCCAUCCCGAACACUUCUGAGUAAGCAAACAAAGACUGUACCUGCUCAGCCGAAGGACACUGGAGCUGAUGGUCAGCUCUUUGUUGAGCACUAUGAUUUCUUAGAAGAAGGCACACCCAGGAUUCUGCUGAAGAAAAUCCUGCAGACCGCUUCAGAAGCCUCUGUCCUGGUACCCUCGCUGAUGAAUUCACAGGAGCCAGAACCUGUUGAGUUACAGGAGGAAAGCAAGUGGAACAGUCUGGAGUUGCAGCUUCCUGAGCUGGAGCCCUCUGUGACUGUAGCUCCAGGGCUCCUGAUGCAUAACAGGAAGAAGCGUUGCCUUAGAGUGUCUGAGUUUGAACAGGAAGUGGACCAAGGACUUGCUGUUGCUUCAGAUCUCACUGAAAGGCAGCCAGCUUCAGCCAACAAGUCCUCUGUGACCAGGUCCUUCAACCUGACCUUGGCCACAGUUAGGCCCCCUGAGUCUAUAGAGAGGCCUGGCUUGGCCCGAAGGCCCCCAAACCGUAAGGCGAUUGAUGUGGAAGCAUUUGAACAAAGACUGAAGGACAUCCCAUUGACUCCUCUCCCAGAUCGUUGCACUUAUCACAGGGCCACUCCUGUGGAUGGGGAUAGGUCCUUCCAGGCGAGUCCUGACUCCAUAGGCCUCAGGAGAAGCUUGGCAAAGGGCCAGGAACUGAAGGCCGUGACCCAGCAAGCUAAUCAAAGAAUGGAGAAGGGUCCUAGGAAACAAACUAAGUCUGGUACAAAAAGUCCAAGUCAAAACACUCCCCUCUCUACCAGCUCUCUGUCUGCUGGAACAAGAAGCAGACCUUGGACAGGGACAUCAAGUCAAAACAGCUGCUUCUCUGCUCGCUCUUUACCUGCUAGAAGCAGCAUCUCCAGGGAAGCCAGAGCAAAGUCAGGUGUGGCUCAUCAGGUAGAGGAAGAAGAGGAGAGGCUGAUGGAUGAGGAGGCAAGAGAGUCUGAAGAGGACACAGAAAUCCUCCAAAGUACCGUUGUCUCAGAACUUAGCAUGAAGACACCAGAAUUUCUCCGGGCCAAGCGAUAUCAUUCUCUUUUACAGCCUACCUCCCCAGUACCUCCUAAUACUAACACUACCCUGUUGCCCUCCAAGCUUACCCAGGCCAAACGUGCUCCCAAGCGCCGUGCCCCAGGCCCUAGGCAACCCCGUGAUCCAGACAAAGUUGGCUUGAACAAUUAUUGCAAAGUCUUCAGCUUCUAUGCCAAAACUCCCAUGGAGAAGUCAGCCUCUGAGACCCUGAUGAAGUGCCUGAACCAGUAUUUCAGGACACUUUGUGAUGACCUAGAGACCUUUGCUCACCAUGCAGGCCGAAAAACUGUGUUGUUGGCUGACUUGGAGCUGUUGAUGAGGCGGCAGGGCCUGGUGACUGAUGAUAUUUCCCUCUAUGUGCUUGUGGAGAGAUACCUGCCCUUGGAGUACCGGAGGCUGCUCAUCCCUUGUGCAGCCAGUGGCAAUGCUGUCUUCCCUGCUGGAUAGGGAUGCUGCCGCCCCAGCUUCUCUAAGUAGAGAGGAGAGCAGGAGCCUGAGGCUGAGGCCUCCAUGUAAGCCCUUUCCAGGAGUGGACUCUUUACGUGCUACUGUCGGUGUCAAUAAAAUGUGAUAAAGCCACUUUAAAAAGAUGGUGGUGUGGCUGAG